AGAUCAACUUCGAAUUGUAUAAAAGACAAUAGCAGCCCAAGGUGGAUCAUCAGUCAACGAUCGUUCCCCGUUCUACCACUGCAAAACAACUAAAAUGUUCAAAAUCCUCUUGGUCUGCGCUCUUGUUGGCCUGGCUGCAGCCUAUCCAGGACAAUUGGAUGAUGUUAACGCCGAAGUAAUCUCUCGCAGUGAGGAUAUUCGCCCAGAUGGCUUCAAUACCCAUCUCGAGAUUUCCAAUGGCAUCAAGGAGGAUAGAGCUGGAGAUGAACAUGGCAAUAUUAGGGGCAGCUUCAGUUUCGACACACCCGAGGAUGAGCCGGUCGAAAUAAGCUAUAUUGCCGAUGAGAACGGCUAUCAACCAACUGGUGCUGUUCUGCCAACCCCGCCACCAAUUCCCGUUGAAAUUCAAAGGGCUCUCGAGUGGAUCGCAGCUCAUCCUUACAACGGAGAGCACUAAGGAAUCAAGUUCCUAACAUUCAUAUAAUAAUCGUCAAAAGUAAAUGAAUUAAGUAAAAUUAGUCGACUCAAAAUAGUAAAAUAUAUGCUGAUUAUAACAAAAAUAUAAUACA